CUUUGGAACAGCUGCUUAUUGUCGUAUUCUGCUUUGGUUGUAAAAUAAGUGACUGACACAGGAUGUGUAUAUACAAUUCCUGAUUAAUUUUUUCCUCGGACAUGUAGUUUUUUUUCCAGCUGUGCAACUGCUUCAUGUUUCAGCAACGUUUUUAUUUCAAUGACCAGCUGAAGAAUAAGUUCUGAGCGUCGAACGAACAGUUGAAAUGUGACAACGUUAAACAUUGUCAGCUUUGAGUUUACACUGAACUUUUAUUUGGAAAAAUAUUUAUUUAGAAACAGAAAUGACAGAAACUGGCGAUGGGUCAUGGGGACACCUUGAAGAUACAGAAUAUUUCGGAAGGAUUUCUAGUACGACGGAUUACGCUGUUCUCACUAAGGAGAAUCUAAAGGAAUCCAAGUAUGCUACGUGUACACAGGCUGCUCACUGUAUGAUAUACUGUACACAUACGCAGCGGAUCUUUGAUUUAUACAGCGCUAGGGCUGCAGUUUUGAUGCAGAUGCGAUUCGAUGGAUAUAUUGGCUUUCCUGGAGGACUCAUAGAUGAAGGAGAAGAUGUUAUUACAGGACUGAAUAGAGAAUUAGUUGAAGAAAUGAAUAUCUCUCCUACAAGAAAUUUAAUAAAAGAUGAAAACCACAUAGUUUCUCAUUGGAAUAAAAGUACAAAAUUGGUAUUAAACUUCUAUGCUGUGGAGGUUACAAUGGAUGAACUUUUUCAUAUUGAAAAAAAUUCUGUAUUUGCACAUGAUUAUGGCACAGAGUGGUUUCUGAGCAUCAAGAAAGCAAGCCCGUACUUUGGUGAAAAUUUAAGGACCAGCAAGAAAUUUUUGGUGCUACAAAAGGAUUAUCACUCAGGGAAAAAAAAAAACAGACAAUAAAACCAAGAAAAUUACAACCUUCUGCAAUGACUGCCCAGGACAACAUAUGUGACUCAGGUGUUUCAAUGAAAAACACAUCCAGGAAUGACUCUUCAAGAAUGUGAUAUUUAAUCGGUGCAGAGGUUAUGUUAAUAAGUAUUUAAUUUACUGUCCGUAAAUUUGUUUAUGUGUUUUGCAAAUAAAAUAGUAGGGUAAAAUGUCUUCCAGAAUAAAAAUAAUCAAGAGACAACAGAACCAAGAAAGACUUUUCAAGAUU